AUGUCUGAAUCUGAAUAUACAGACGAUGAGAGCAAGUAUGGUGGCGCUUCGCAGUCGCGCGCCGUGGUCAUGGACGCGAUCCUGACGCCAUUCCGGAUGCUGCUAUCCAAGACUGCCCUCCGCGUGUACCUGAAUGUGAUUCUCUUCUCCGGUGCCACGCUAUUUUUACUGGCCAUAUCAGGACUUGCCUAUGCGGUAUUUUAUUUCAGGUUCAUUCCCGCAGUUGGAAUCGAGCGUGAAAUCCACUUGCAAUUUGGCGAUGGAAAUCCUUGGGGCAUCGCUGUCUUUGAGUCGGAAUUUGUCUCCUCUCAGCCCUAUGAUGUUGCUGUUGCCCUCGAUUUACCGUCUACGCCUACCAAUCGUGGAGUGGGCAACUUCAUGAUUGAUCUCACUCUCCAUGGCCCCGAUACAUCGUCGGUACUUCCCACGCCAAGCACUUCGCAAAAUCAGAUUAUGCAGUCUCGUCGACCUGCGAUCAUGACAUACACAUCACCUCUUGUAGACAUUGCGCGACGGCUUAUUCGUCUGCCACUUUAUGUGUGGGGAUGGCGCCGUGAAGCCGAGAUACUCCAAGUGACCAUGAUGGAGAAGGUGCAAUUCUCACGGGGCGCCAACAAUCGGCCGCAGAGUCUGCGAUUAGAGAUCCAAAGUGACAGAGAGAUGCAGAUUUAUUCCGCGCGCGUUGAAUUCCGCGCCAGAUUCAGUGGACUGCGUUGGAUCAUGUACCGCUGGAGAUUGGCUUCCUUUGUGGUCUUCAGUACCCUUUUUUGGACCAUUUCAGUGGCUUCUGCCAGUCUGACGUGGUUCCUUUUAACUUGGGCGAUGCAAUCCGAGGCGGCGCCGGGCAAGGCGGAGACCAAGGAGGAAAGUGAACGAGAUGAUAGGAUCAAGGAGGAGUCUGAUGAUCGUGAUUUGCUCCCCGAGUCGGUCAAAAUCAAACAGGAAGACACUGAAUCCCAAUUGCUCCAAAGCUAUCCUGCCGAGGUUGAUGAUGCGGGCAUUGGCUCUGGGCGCGAAAGUGCAGAGGCACGUGGGGCACAGAAACGAAGGAGUCGUUCAACCGGGAGAACGUUUCGAUGUGCCCCGCACAUCUCCAAAUUCGAUUUCCUCUUCUCCCCCUCCAUCGUUCAUUCUCAUAGCCAUAGCCCAGCUCAGCGCACCAUGCAUAUCUUGGUCACAAACGACGACGGUCCGCCCUCAAACCAGUCUUCGCCCUAUGUGCACUCCUUGGUGCACUCGCUCCAAGCCGCAGGCCAUACGGUCUCCGUAGUGCUUCCACACCAACAGCGGUCAUGGAUUGGUAAGGCGCACAUUGUGGGCGCAUCCGUGAGACCGACCUACUUCCGCCCGGGCACCUUGCACCAGGAGGAUGGAACGACGCAUCACCUGCCCCGAGGGAGCAACGGCGAGCCUGACGACGGCGGCGACGAGUGGAUCUUGAUUGAUUCGACCCCGGCAAGCUGCGUCCAAAUUGGACUUUAUCAUUAUUUCCAAGAAAAAGGACCCAUUGAUGUCGUGGUCUCUGGUCCCAAUUAUGGUCGAAAUACCACCGCCCUCUUCGCUCUGUCCAGCGGGACCAUUGGCGGUGCGAUGGAAGGUGCUGUGUGUGGAAAGCGCUCAAUUGCCUUGUCUUACGCCUUCAGCUCCCGAAACCAUGAUCCAGUGAUUAUUGCAGAGGCCUCGGAGCAUUCCGUCAAGGUGAUUGAGUACCUCUGCGCGAACUGGGUGGAAGGUGUCGACCUGUACAGUGUCAAUGUGCCCUUGGAGCCCGGUGUAAGCAAGAACAAGGUGCUCUACACGGAGAUGUUGGAGAACAAGUGGACAUCCGGAAGCUGUUUCCAAGUGGCUGAUCCCAGCACCGAUGGCGAGCCGGAGCUGGAGGAGCAGCGACUACGUGACGAGGGCGAAAUGACCGGGAACCAGCCCAAGGCUGAUAUCCCAGCGGACAAGGCUGUGGGCAAACCUCGGAUCAAGCAUAAACACUUCAAGUGGGCACCCAGCUUCCAGGAUGUUUACCGGAGUGUUGAGGAAGGCCCUGCUGGUAAUGAUGGUUGGGUCGUGAAGGAGCAAAUGACAAGCGUCACGCCCCUGAAAGCGAGCUUCAAGCACAUGCCCGGCCUGACGGGAGAGAUCAAGCUAUCAGAUCAGCAGUCUCCAAUCUUCUCGAUCGUGGACUGUGACGAUUCCUAUGUGCAGACCUUGGUCGAGCGGGCUUUGGCACGUCGUCUGAGCGGCGGCGUGCAAAGCCAGCGCAUUACUACAAUGGCUGAUCUCCCGGACUCGAAGGCGCCAGUGUUCCAGUACUGCGAAUAUGAGCGUCUGGACUUUGAACACGCAAUGUCCCACCCUUCGACUUCCCUUGUGAACGCAUACAUCAUCCGCAAAGCACUGAUUCGAAAACACUAUCUAUCUAACACUAUUGCCAAUUGGAUCUCCAAGCAUCCAAACAGCAUACUACGCAAGCACUUCAAGCCGGCCUUUGACUUUGAAUUGGACUAUUCUGAAUUCCUCGACGAGGCGCUCCUGGAGGCUUACGAGCUGCGCGAAAGUCUACAAAAGAACGAGGAGCUCCCCGACUCGGAGAAAGAGUGGUGGAUCUUGAAACCCGGAAUGAGUGACCGCGGACAAGGUAUUCGAUUGUUCAGCACGGAAGAUCAAUUGCGCGAGAUCUUCGAAGAGUGGGAUGAAGAGUCCGACGUUGAAGAGGAGAGCGAUUCCGAGGCUGGAGCCCCCAAGGAAGUCCCCGCGACCGCACACGACGACGGUGUUGUCACGUCCCAAUUGCGCCACUUCAUGGCUCAGCCUUACAUUGACCCCCCAUUGCUGCUGCCGUCGUCGUCUCACCGCAAGUUCCACAUCCGAACGUAUGUGCUCGCCACGGGCUCUCUCAAAGUCUACGUUUUCAAAGAGAUGCUCGCUCUUUUCGCUGCCAAGGCGUACUGCGCGCCUCACGAAGAGGAGGACGAAGUCAAGGAUCUGGCCCGUCAUUUGACAAACACCUGUUUCCAGGAAGGCGGCAGCUCUAACGAGGGCAGCGUGCGUCGCUUCUGGGACCUGGAUCAUCAUGUCCCCGGCCUCUCCGAAGACUGGAAAGAGGAGAUUUUCAAUCAAAUCUGUGCUGUCACGGGAGAGGUCUUUGAGGCUGCGGCACGAGGCAUGAUGGUGCAUUUCCAGACUCUGCCGAAUGCUUUUGAGCUCUUUGGCGUGGACUUCCUUGUGGAUGCGGAAGGAAAUGCGUGGUUAUUGGAAUUCAAUGCAUUCCCUGAUUUCGGACAGACAGGCGAAGACUUGAAGGAGGUGGUUGUCGGCCAGUUGUUCGAGGAAGUGGUCGACGUUGCCGUGAAACCAUUCUUUGGACUGGGAGAAGACGCCAGCCGGGGCAAUAUGAAGCUCGUUGCUGAUCUGGAUCUCGGGCGACACGCAUAG